CACAAUUUUAAUGCACCUUUUCCAAAAAAUUUGUAGCAUACACAAUUUCUCUACUAUUAAUGAAAUUCUGAUCAGUCGUGCUCAAGACAUUUCGUGUCUUCAGCACUUGAAGGCGCCCAGUUCAUCAGACAGCCGCACUUUCUGCCGCGCUGAGUGGAGCUGUCCUUGGUGCUGAAACGCAAAGAUAAGGUCGUGGCUUUUACUUCGGCGGGCUCACCAAAAUUCACUUCAUACAGUAAACCAAGCACGAAACAACCCUGAUACGUGUUUUUAAUCGAUGGUCGUUCUCUCCUAAAGAGAUUUGCCAUCAGCGGUGGCGUCGUGUUCUUCCUCUAACCGCGUGUGCACUUUACGCUCUCCCAAGGAAUGUUGCGCCUUUAAAUUUACCUUUGACUCAACCUUCAGCAGCUGGACGAAGGACAACUUUUAGCGCAGGAGCUUGUUUUUACUUCAGCCAAUAGCUGCUGGAAGCCAUGAGUGCGUGCAGCAGGAAGGCUUUGACUUUACUCAGCAGCGUAUUUGCAAUCAGUGGCCUGGGGCUGCUGGGAGUGGCAGUGAGUACAGAUUACUGGCUGUAUCUGGAGGAGGGCGUCAUCAUGCCUUUGAACCAGAGCACGGACAUCAAGACGUCACUGCACUCCGGCCUCUGGAGGGUCUGCUUUUUGGCUGGUGAGGAGUCGGGCCGCUGCUUCACUAUCGAGUAUGUCAUGCCGAUGAGCGUCCAGCUGACGUCAGAAUCCACAGUGAAUGUGCUCAAAAUGAUCCGGUCAGCGACUCCCUUCCCAGUGGUCAGCCUCUUUUUCAUGUUCAUCGGUUUUGUCCUCAACAACAUUGGUCACAUACGUCCUCAUCGCAGCCUCCUGGCAUUCGUGUCUGGAAUCUUCUUCAUCCUUUCAGGCCUUGCUUUAGUGGUGGGCCUGGUGUUGUACAUUUCAAGCAUAAACGAUGAAAUGCUGAACCGCACUAAGAGCAGUGAGGCUCAUUUUUCCUAUAAGUAUGGUUGGUCUUUUGCCUUCGCUGCCCUCUCUUUUCUGCUCACUGAGAGUGCAGGCGUCAUGUCCGUCUACCUGUUCAUGAAGCGCUACACAGCAGCUGAGAUCUACCAACCACGCCACCCCAACUUCUACCGCCCUCGCCUCAGCAACUGCUCUGACCACUCUGGUCAGUUCCUUCACCCAGAGGCCUGGUCGCGUGGGCGGAGCCCCUCAGACAUCUCCAGUGACACCUCCCUUCAGAUGAGUGCCAGCUACCCUGCCCUCCUUAAAUGUCCUGACUAUGAUCAGGUGUCAUCUUCACCUUGCUGAGGAUGCGGAAUGAGACCACUGGGGAUUUAGUAAGAUGGUCAGAAAAAAGUUUUCUGCAAAUAUUCAAGUAAAAAAAACUCAUACAUCAGCUAGUGCCACUUUAGAGAAAGCCAGCUGAUGUAAGUCGGCUGUAGCUUUUCCAUUGUAAAAGCUUUUAAAGUCUGAAAUUGUUCUUUCUAGUUGUACAGGUUUAACAAUGACGAUGUAACUCUUUCGGCAAAAUAGAGUAUAACACACUUGCCUUUAGCCAUAAUUUCAUUUGUAGUCAAGUACUGUCAGUGCAUUUACCUUCCAGUGCCUCGUCAGCUGUCUGAUCACUUUUCUUUAAAAAAUAAGAGCUUUUACUGUCACAGGACUGUGUUGUUCCACUAUUUAACAUUUGCUCUGCUUGCAUUGCAGUUCACCAAAGUGAAAAAGCCUUUGGUUUUGUAAAAACAGAAUGCAUCCGCCCUGGAUUUAGACGAAAACCUGCAGGUUGAAGUCUUAAAAAUUGAGAAUUCCACAGAACUGAAUGCAGCACACAUUAAGUUCCAAUUUGUGCUCUGCAGGUUUUAGUGAAAAAUUGCAGCAAAAAUUAUUGAGAAUUUGUUUCUUAAUUUCUUAAUAAUUAUCUUGAGAGACAAAAUUGUUUGAAAAAUAUUUUAUUCCAAUUUUAUUUUUAGAUAUAUUUGUUUGGCAGUAGUUGUAAGGAAAUUUAUUUUGACCCUAAUUGUUGUUAACAUUUUGAAUGUUUCAUUAACAUGCAGACAUUUUCCUUUUAAACAGGACGUUUAAGUUAAAUAAUGUUAUUGGUUUUUUUUUGCUGGCUUUGAAUCAAGUUUUCCAUUUUUUUGUACCGAUAAUUAAAUGAAUGGCUGCUGUAUCUUGAUUGUUGAUUUUUUGAUGGUUUACAUGGUGUAGCCUGGGCUGUAGAAACAGAUUUGGGGUCAAAAAGUAAUCCACCUGAAGACAAAAAUAAAUGGUUCUCCUUAAAGUUUGUUGUGUGAUCAUCUAAAACAGCUUUUUACAAUUAGAAUGUAAACACCCCGCUGAUGUUUCAUGGAGGAGCCAUUAGAGGGCACUCUCCCCCCAAAUAUGCAGCUUCAAAAUAAGAGUUGGAACCAAUUUCACAUCAUGUUCCACCUCAUCCAGUGCGUUUUCUUCCACUUUUAGAUCUACCUGGUAGUUUUCAGUCAUAUGGGUAAACAUGUUAUUUCUCUGCAAAACUGAGGUUGUCAAAAUGCAUCUGAGAAAAUAUUUCUGCAAAUAAGUAGGUCAAGGCAAAAUGAAUAAUUAACACGCUAAAAAUCUGCAUUAAGCUUUAUGUAUACUUUAUGUAGAUACACAUAAUGUACAAUGUAACCAUUACAUUUUUCUUUACAGAGAAUAUAAAAGUUAAUGCA